AUGGAAGAGCUGGGGGAUGAUUUGUUUGGGGAUGAAUCUGGCGAGGUCGGUGAGGGGCAGGGGAAUGUUGGUGAGGCAUGGGAGACGGUGGAACAAGUUUCGGAGCUCGGGUCAAGUCCACCAGAGCAGGCUAUCCCGGUCAAAGAAACACCUGUCCGACCGAGACUUCCAAGCUCGAUCAAGAAACUCAAUAGGCUCUUGUCGAGGCAAGCUAAAUUUGAGCUUUUGGAAGAAGAGCUGGAUGAGAAAUUUGUCAGAGGGCGAGGACCAGGAGGCCAAGCUAUCAACAAGACCAACUCUUCCGUAUCUCUUACCCACAUCCCAACUGGUAUCAGGGUUCAGUCCCAACCAACAAGGUCCAGAGAAGAGAACCGCAAAAUAGCCAGGAAGAUCCUCUCUGAAAAACUCGCCGUUCUCAAAGCGACGGGUAAACUCCCCGGUAUGGCGCCGGAAGAAGAUGGGAUAGAGGGUGUUUCGGUUGAUAUGGGGGGAGAUGGAGAGGAGGAUGAGAAUAUGAGUAGGAAGGAGAGGAGGAAGAAGGAAGAGGUCAAGUUGAGUGCGACGUAUACCAAGGCAGAGAUCAGGGCGGCGAAGGAGCGGAAGCGAAAGGCGGAUAGGGCGAAGAAGGCAAAGAAGAAGUAUGGGAAUGGUAAGCGGGGUCAACAAGAAGAGGAAGAAGGUGGAGAAGAAGGGGAGGGGGAGCAAGGGUUGGACAAGAAGGAUUGA